AGGAAGUUCAGCAGCUCCCUGUUCUGAUGACUUGCGACCCCCCAUUGAGCUGCAUUAUGCUGGGGGCCGUGAUGUCACAAUUUCCCAUAGUUCUGCAGCUUAGCCAGCUCUGUGCACGGCAAGGGAACCUCCCAUGUGCAGCUUCAGCCAAUCAUAGAAGCCCCAGUGAGCUGAGCUCACGUGUCUUCAUCUCCUCGGCAGGGAAGCAUCUGACAGCCAGCUCAGUGUUUAUAAGAGCAAGAACGAUGUCCCAAUGUCCCGAGAAGAAGCAGAGGGGGAGGGGGAGAUCCCUGCUCUCCCCUGCACUGAUUACAAUCUGACAGCAGAUUUUUGUUCUACUAUUACCAUAGUGGACCAAACCAAUGUCAAACUAAAGUGUACAUUUUUCAGUGGAAAUCAAGAAGCACUUCCAAGAAUUUUUAAAAUCGGUGAUAUUGUUCGAUUUCAUAGAAUAAAGAUCCAGAAGUUUAAUAAUGAAUUUCAAGGCAUUAGUAGUAGCGGCUUCUCUGCAUUAGUAUUUGAUGGGAAUGUUGAUGCUCCACUAAUUCCAAGGACCUCUAGUAAAGGUUACAGCUUUACUACAGAAGACCAGAAAACUGUAGAAACUUUACGAAAUUGGCAGUUGGGGCUGCAGAUAUUUUCUAGCUCAAGACGGCAUUUAUCUGAGGUUCAGCCUGGGCAAUAUUUUGAUCUGAUCUGUCAACUUGUUGGAAAAGCUGAGGUUGAUAAAGCCUCAUAUCUCCUUAAGGUUUGGGAUGGUACGAAAUGUUCUUCUUUAUCAUGGAAGGUUUAUGUAGAAGAUGAUGUACUUGAAGGAGACAGAGAUACGAUCAGUCAGCUGCAAAGCUUUACCAUAGACAUUUUGGUUUAUGAUAAUCAUUUGGAACUUGCAAAAUCUUUAAAGGUCGGAAGUUACAUUGUAAUACAAAAUGUGCACGCAAAACUACACAGCACAGCUAAUGAAGGCCAAGGACAUGAUGCACAUGUGGAAUUUCACCUUCAUGGGGGAACAUGUUAUGGUCGAGGAAUUUCUGUGCCUCCAGAAGACAAUUCUGAUGUUAAAGAACUUCAGAAGGUCCUAUAUGCUGUAGAUCUGAAACAGAAUCAAUCUUUAGACCCGGUAACCACAUCAGAUAUGUAUUCAGGUCAGAUGUCACCACCCCUUGAUGCUUUGGAGAGAUGCCAGCAGCUUUCUGUGACAGUACUUCCAGUUUAUCAACAAUGGCAGAUAACAGCUAUCGCCAAUAUCCUUAAAUGCAAGGCUCCUGAAAAAUUUCGUAUCAGGGCAAGACUGAAAAAUUUUCAACCACAUGGCCUGUAUCAGUCUGUUAAGCUUCACUGCUCUAAAUGUAAUUCAUUAAUGGAUGUGCCAGAUGAAGAGGGCCUGAAUAAAAUGUUUGAAGAUCGCUUCAAUGGUAAUCCAAAUACAAAUGCUCCAGACACAUUUUGGUAUCAGUCAGCAGUAUGGAACACAGAAUAUCUUAAUAACCGGGCUGUAGCUAUUCAUUUUGUAAAAAAAUGUGAUAUUCUGCAAAAUCCAGAAGACUCUCUAAUCAUGCUAGAAGGUGGAUCUUUUAGGGAGCUGUGUAAGCUGUCAUGUCAUUUUAACACUAUAAUACCUGUGAAAUCUAAAGAAGAACAUUUGGAAAUAGACCUAUCAGCUCCAUUUAUUAUUCAAGGCAACAAAUGGCUUUAUGGGUGCAUCAAGUGCUCUAAUAUUAAGCCAGUGGAGGAGCUGAAGUCUUUAUCUGUAGAAGUGGGAUGGAAUGCUGUAGAAAUAGCAAAAGCUUUGGGCAUUGAACUCUUAACUCAUCUUUUUGUCAUGAAUCUCACUUUGGAAGAUGAAACUGGAUCUCUAAGUGCUUAUUUGUGGCGGCAUUCUGAACAAUUCUUUCAGACUUCUCCCUCUGAAAUACUCAUGGAUAGUGACCUCCAGAAAAGACUUCAUAAGAUCAUGAGUAUAUUGUGUCCAUCAAGAAGACAAAUUAGUGAAAAUCCUUGGAUAAAUUGCUGCAUACGAUCAUACAAUACUAACAGUGAUGGAAAAGAAAAAAUAGGUGGCACUGUACAGGGGAGCUUACCUUAUCUUGCUGUAUUUCACCUGGCAUUUCAUUUUCCUCUAUGAAUACAGUGGAGAAGAAUGUGUUGAACAUAUUUGCUUUUUCCUGAUCCCCUUCUAUAAUUUCUUCCACAUAAAUUUUUUUUUUUAAACUUACUUUAUUGUGAUGUAAAUGCAUACAAAAUGAGUAGACAAUAAAAUACAGCAUGUAACAUAUAACCAAUGUAGUGAUGAGGUCUUUCUCGGCACAGGAGUCAAUGAGCAGUUUAGCGGUCUAGCAUGCAGAUACAUUAGCAACACAGUAACCUUCACUAAAAAACAAUACAGAUAGAACCAACCACCGGAGGUGGGAACCAUACAACGGGGAAGAUAACGAUACAGUGGAAAACGAGACAAAGCCUAACAGAGACGCACAUGACAGACGGACAACGACCACUGGUCCAUGGAGACAAGAAUACAGAAAAAACAAGAAAAAGAAGAGAGA